UGGUCUCGUGGCUGCAGCAGCUUUGGGAGUUGUCAAAUUUAUUGGGGUCUAUGAUAAGAGCCCAACCCGUGCUAUACACUUCAGAUUAUAUCAGUAUGAAAGGACUGUUCUAGUCAGUGCACAACGGAACUCAAGCGUUAAGUUUAUUGAAAAGCUACUGAGGAGGAAAGGCCAUGUCUGGGUGGCUACCUGUGAUUGGGAUGACUUCUCUUCCACACCUGGGCGGACUCUAUGGGGGCUUUAUUACACGCAAAGAGGUGAAAACCUGGUACCCAACACUGACAAAACCCUCAUGGAGGCCACCAAACGCAGCAUUUCCAGUUGUAUGGACCUGUUUGUACACUGGCAUGGGGUAUGGCUCCUAUCUAAUUUGGAAAGAACUUGGUGGAUUUACUGAAGAAGCGCUGGUUCCACUGGGAUUGUAUGGUGUGCAACUGGCACUGAAUUGGGCCUGGACUCCUAUCUUUUUUGGUGCUCACAAGCUUAAAUGGGCUCUUAUGGAGAUUGUGCUGCUCACUGGCACUGUGGGAGCCACUAUGUGGUCAUGGUAUCCCAUAAACAAAACUGCCGCUCUGCUCCUGGCUCCCUAUCUGUCCUGGCUGUGUCUCGCAACUUCCCUCAACUACUGCAUCUGGAGAGACAAUCCUGAGGAAGGAAAAAAAGAAGAAUAAGGGAUGUUUUUUAA